GGGACAUUUGAAAUCAGGACGCGUCACCUGUGGUAAAGUCUUCAGUUACUUCAUCGACCCUCAGUAGUGCGCUAACGCGGAGUGAACUAACUUGUGACAACGUUUGAAAUGUCACCGGACAGGACGCUUCACAGCUGAGAUCCAUAUGAACACAGGAUUUAACCAAGAGGAAAAACUUAGGUUGCCAUGUCUCUCCUUUGCGUGAGGGUUAAGAAAGCCAAACUCCACGGAUCUGUAGAUAAAUUCAACGCCUAUGUGACACUGAAAGUGCAGAAUGUGAAGAGUACGACCAUCACCGUGCGGGGAGACCAGCCAUGCUGGGAGCAGGACUUCAUGUUUGAGAUCAGCCGACUGGACCUGGGCCUCAUCGUAGAGGUGUGGAACAAAGGUCUCAUUUGGGACACCAUGUUAGGAACAUCUUGGAUACCUCUCAAAAGUAUACGUCAUUCAGAGGAGGAGGGUCCUGGCGAGUGGAUAUGUCUGGACUCUGAGGUUCUGAUGAAAGCAGAUGAGAUGUAUGGCACCAAAAAUCCAACGCCACAUCGAGUCCUGCUGGACUCUCGCUUUGAGCUGCCCUUUGAUCUCAACAUCUUCUCCACAGAAAUCCCAGAGGAUGAAGCUCGAUACUGGGCUGGUAAAUUGGAACGCAUCAAUUCUAUGGGCAUGCAUGAUGAGGAUGAAGUAGCAGGACGGCCGUUGCCAUGCGCUGCCUCUCAGUGCUGCAACUAUUUCGGAUGGGCCGACAGUCAGACUUUGGAUGACUUGGACAGUGCAAUGGAUGAUAGGGACAGUGACUACCGAAGUGAGACGAGCAGUAGUUUACCUCCCCGCUACCACACCACAGCCCAGCCCAACUCCUCGCUUCACCAGUAUCCCAUGGGACCACGCUUUCAGCAACAUAUGGACUCUUGCGCUGACUCUCUACAUAGCUUUGAACUUGACUAUAGGGACCACCAUGCAAGCAGCCCUGUGGACUCCAGUCGUUUCGGCUCUUCAGGGAACCUCAGCCAGGCUAGUUCUCAGCUCAGCGAGACUGGACAGGAAAGUGCUGUCGGUUCAGAAGUAGAGGAGUCCUACCAUUCCUUCCACAGCACUGGCUGUCGGCCAUCAAGAAAUGGACAUCACCCUACCAACGGACAUACUUCCUGGGGAGAGGGUGAAGGAUUGAAGUCCGCUCACGAUAACGGAAAGGGAAUAAGCAGCACCAAAAAGGAAGUGGUUUUCCAGUUGGACAAAUCCCCUGACAAAUCUCUUAAAAGAGCUGACGGGUCAGCGCUACUGUUCUCUCCAUCCAGAGUGCGCUGGCUGAAAGCGAUCAACAAAGUGAGAGUUCAGCUUAAGGAGGGAAAAGAGAAUGGAGAUAAUUCCAGGCAUGCUUGGGUUAAAGCUGGAAAUGGGAGUGGAAUAUUCGGAAUCGACAGUAUGCCAGAUCUGCGAAAGAAGAAAGCCAUCCCUUUGGUUAGCGAUGUGUCGCUGGUUCAGGCCAGGAAGGCUGGCAUUGCAUCUGCCAUGGCCUCACGUUCCUCCAUAAAAGAUGAAGAACUGAAGAACCACGUGUAUAAGAAAACACUACAAGCUUUAAUCUACCCCAUUUCUUGUACGACACCUCACAACUUUGAGGUUUGGACUGCCACUACGCCCACCUACUGUUACGAGUGCGAGGGGCUACUGUGGGGCAUCGCCCGGCAGGGCAUGCGCUGCACUGAAUGUGGGGUCAAGUGCCACGAGAAGUGCCAAGAGCUGCUAAAUGCAGACUGCCUCCAACGUGCGGCUGAGAAGAGCUCCAAACAUGGUGCUGAGGACCGCACUCAGAACAUCAUCAUGGCCAUGAAGGAUCGCAUGAAGAUUCGCGAGAGGAACAAGCCUGAGAUCUUUGAAGUCAUCCGAGAUGUGUUUGUGGUUAGCAAGGCCAUCCAUGCUCAGCAGAUGAAAACCAUUAAACAGAGCGUGCUGGAUGGAACCUCAAAGUGGUCGGCCAAGAUCACCAUCACGGUUGUUUGUGCUCAGGGUCUGCAGGCUAAAGAUAAGACCGGUUCCAGUGACCCCUAUGUGACGGUCCAGGUGGGUAAAACCAAGAAGAGGACCAAGACUAUUUACGGCAACCUCAAUCCUGUCUGGGAGGAGAAGUUUCAUUUUGAAUGCCACAACUCCUCCGACCGCAUCAAAGUGCGUGUUUGGGAUGAAGAUGACGACAUAAAAUCGCGAGUGAAGCAGCGUUUAAAGAGAGAAUCCGAUGACUUCCUGGGCCAAAGCAUCAUAGAGGUGCGCACGCUGAGUGGAGAAAUGGACGUUUGGUAUAACCUGGAAAAAAGAACAGACAAGUCUGCGGUUUCUGGUGCCAUUCGCCUUCAGAUCAGCGUGGAAAUCAAGGGUGAAGAAAAAGUGGCUCCCUAUCACAUCCAGUACACCUGUUUGCAUGAGAACCUCUUUCACCACAUCACAGACGUCCUUGGCCUGGGUGGGGUGAAGAUCCCUGAUGCCCGUGGCGAUGAUGCCUGGAAGGUCUACUUUGAUGAUGUGGCCCAAGAGAUAGUGGAUGAGUUUGCAAUGCGCUAUGGGAUUGAAUCCAUCUACCAGGCCAUGACGCACUUUGCAUGUCUUUCGUCUAAGUAUAUGUGUCCCGGGGUUCCUGCUGUGAUGAGCACCCUGCUGGCCAACAUCAACGCCUACUACGCCCACACCACCGCAUCCACCAAUGUCUCCGCCAGCGACAGAUUCGCUGCAUCCAACUUUGGGAAAGAACGAUUUGUCAAGCUGUUGGAUCAACUUCACAAUUCUCUGCGCAUUGACCUCUCAAUGUAUCGAAAUAACUUUCCUGCGAGCAGUAAGGAGCGUCUCCAGGACCUCAAAUCUACUGUUGACCUCCUGACCAGCAUCACCUUUUUCCGGAUGAAGGUCCAGGAACUGCAAAGUCCUCCAAGAGCCAGUCAGGUUGUGCGAGACUGUGUGAAGGCCUGUCUCAACUCCACCUAUGACUACAUCUUCAACAACUGUCAAGAGCUGUACAGUCGCCAGUAUCCUCAGAUUGGAGACACGAAUAAGGAAGAAAUCACUCCGGAGGAUCAAGGUCCGAGCAUUAAGAACUUGGACUUCUGGCCUAAACUUAUCACCCUUAUUGUGUCCAUCAUCGAGGAAGAUCGCAACUCUUACGGUCCUGUACUAAACCAAUUUCCUCAGGAACUGAAUGUGGGGAAGUUAAGCGCUGAAGUCAUGUGGAAUCAGUUCUCUCAGGAUAUGAAAUAUGCCAUGGAAGAACAUGAGAAGCACCGGCUGUGUAGGAGCGCAGACUACAUGAACCUGCACUUCAAGGUCAAAUGGCUGUACAACGAAUAUGUCAAGGGUCUGCCGGCCUUCAAGGGAGCCGUGCCUGAGUACCCAACAUGGUUCCAGCAGUUCGUCCUACAGUGGCUGGAUGAGAAUGAAGACGUGUCAAUGGAGUUCAUGCAUGGAGCUCUGGAGAGAGAUAAGAAAGAUGGAUUCCAGCAGACGUCUGAGCAUGCCCUCUUCUCCUGUUCGGUGGUGGAUGUCUUCACUCAGCUCAACCAGAGCUUUGAGAUCAUCAAGAAACUGGAGUGUCCCGACCCCAAAGUCAUGGCCCUCUACAGCCGCCGAUUCGCCAAGACCAUCGACAAAGUUCUCCUUCAGUACAGCGCCAUUCUCAAGAAGAUCUUCCCAUCCUAUUGUGAUAAAGAGAAGAUUCCGUGUGUCUUGAUGAAUAAUGUGCAGCAGUUGCGUGUCCAGCUUGAGAAGAUGUUUGAAUCUAUGGGUGCUAAACAGCUGGAUGAAAGUGAGGAAGAGUGUGAUGAAGAGUCUCAGGAGAUGGAUGUCUCCGAGGAGGAGGUGGUGAUCAGCGGUACACAGUUGGACACAGAAGCCAGUGACAUCAUGAAUGAUCUACAGGUCAAACUCAACAAUGUUCUGGAUGAGCUGAGCGGCACAUUUGGAAACGCGUUUCAGAGCCGCAUCGACGACUGCAUGCGACAGAUGGCCAGUCUCCUGUACCAGAUCAAGGGUCCCGUGAACACCAACAACCGUAACCAGGUUGAGGUGGAUUCUGAUAACAUGCUGCGGCCGCUCAUGGACUUCUUGGAUGCAAAUCUGAUGCUGUUCGCGUCGGUGUGCGAGAAAACGGUCCUGAAGAGAGUUCUGAAGGAGCUGUGGAGGAUCGUGAUGAACAGCCUCGAGAAAACCAUUAUACUUCCUCAAGGCAAUGACACCUUUGGAAUGUUUUUUUCAGCAGCUAAAGAACUGGGUCAGCUGUCCAAACUCAAGGAUCACAUGUCUGGUGAUGCUAAAAGCCUGUCGCCUAAGCAGUGUGCCGUGAUGGAUGUGGCGUUGGAAACCAUAAAGCAAUACUUCCACGCUGGUGGAAAUGGCUUGAAAAAGGCGUUCCUGGAGAAAAGCCCAGAGCUUUCCUCACUGCGACACGCGCUGUCCCUUUACACCCAGACCACAGACACCCUUAUCAAGACAUUUGUUACAACUCAGCAUGCGCAAGGUUCCGGAGUUGAUAAACCGGUAGGAGAAGUUUCCAUACAGAUUGACCUCUUCACUCAUCCAGGCACUGGAGAGCACAAGGUUACAGUAAAAGUUGUGGCAGCAAAUGAUCUGAAGUGGCAGACUUCAGGAAUGUUCCGGCCGUUUGUGGAGGUCACCAUGAUCGGCCCUCACCUCAGCGACAAGAAACGCAAGUUCACAACUAAAUCCAAGAACAACAGCUGGGCACCCAAAUUCAACGAGACCUUCCAUUUUAUUCUUGGGAACGAGGAUGGCCCUGAUUCUUAUGAGCUUCAGGUGUGUGUGAAGGACUACUGUUUCGGCCGCGCUGAUCGCGUAGUCGGCAUUGCCGUCGUUCAGCUGCGAGACGUCGCCCCGAGGGCCAGCUGCGCCUGCUGGUGUCCUCUGGGUGCAGGAAUACACAUCUACGACACGGGCCUCACCAUCAUGCGCAUCCUCUCCCAGCGAUCUGGUGAUGAGGUGGCCAAAGAGUUUGUGAAACUUAAAUCAGAGACCCGCUCGGCUGAAGAGGGGAGGUGAGAAUGACCCCUGACGACAAGACUGAGACUUACUGUGUCAAAAAUGAAAUGGUACAUUUCUGCGUCCGUACUGGAUUUUGACAGCCAAUGACACUCCCAAUGGUUUCCAGCGGCACCAGAUGAGGCCAAGUGAUGUGUUUUUUCCAUGAAGGAGGGUGGUCUUUAUUUCAGAAUAACGUAAAACGUUUAAAACCAUAUGCUGACACUUUAUUUAAUUUAUUGGGAACGAAAACAAGGCUGUGAUUUGUUUAGCUGCAAAGUCGUGUCAGGUACAUAACACAAGGGGUCGUUGAACAUUUUGGCUUCAACCAACUCAACUGUGAUUAUUCACAAAUUUCGCAUUUGAGAAUGGAUCUCCGACCAGUUGGUGGUGCUGUAAGUGUACGAGUCAGCUAGCGUCUUUCGCAGAGUAAAGAUUCCUCUCAUGUUUGUGCACUUUUGUUUCAUUGUUCGCUCUAUUAUUGCCUUAUUUAAUUGAUGCUGUGAACGUGUCACGUUAAAGCGAAGAUGUUUGUGAUUGUUGUGGCCCCUAAAAUAGUUUUAGGGUUUUAUUAUAUCGCUCUGUGUCAUGAAGUGUUUCUUUGCAUGAAUGAAAGACAUCAUAUUAUAGUGCAAAAACUGUCAUUAUUAAUUCACAUUUAUCUAGUCACAUCAAGAAGCAUAUGCAUUUAAAACACCGUUUCCAAACCGGGUCGCAUGCGACAUUUCCACCAGUGCCUUUUUUAGGCUUGUGACCGCUCAGAUUUGUACAGUUUCUACCAUUCAUUUUAAAUGUAGAGCGGUACUUCCUGUAAAACCAGUUUGACCAGCAGGUGGCGUUAGCAACUUCAAGCUCAAACGUGCACCUGUCUCACUUACUUUUUUUCUGCGGAAAUGACAUCACAGGUUCACCUGCAUCGCUAUUGGACAGUAUUGAAGCUAGACUUUUCAUGAUUUAGCUAUGUAUGUGUAGAUCUGUGAAUGCUUGAUAGAUUUUUUUAUGUGUGUUUUUUUAUAUUGUUGUAUAUUCACUGGAAGGGCUGUUAAAUAGCGUCAAUAGAUUUUAGAGAAAGAUUAUAUAAAUUAAGACGUUAAUAAAGAUAUUUAAUCAAUUUAACUCGAAUAAGAUUAAUGAUCUUUUAAAAUCAAAAUGUGACAAUGUAUAUCACUUUGAAGAGGCCUUAUUUGAUUAUUUCUGAUGUUUUCUAUUCAAGCUAUUUUAACCUCUUCAGUUUAAGUGAUUUAAGUGUUUUUUCUCCUUAUUUUAGGUAAAGACAAAAUUGUGACUUUCUUUUCUUUGGUGAAGUUUUUGUAUUUUGUUCAUUUUACUGUGAGAGGGGGUUAACUGUUCCUCUUUGACUGAAGUUUCUUCUGUUUUUCAGUUAAGGAAUUUUGCACUGUGUUUUGUUUUCCACAAACCUGUGAAAAUCGGAGGGGAAAAAAGACGGUAGCCCUCAGUUGUUGCCUGUGCAAAAAAGCCUCAUAUUGUGUGUCCAAAUUUCAAUGUUGCAUUUUCACAAAAAACACUGCCAAUGUUUACUGUAAGAUGUCGGUUUAUAUUGCCAAUCGUUAUUGAACCUGUUGUUAAUUUCGUAGUCCGUGUCACUUUAUCACUUUUAAUACUGUUGAGUACUGUUACUGUACUGUUGUUUUAGACCAGCAGUGUUUGGGAAACUAUCACUCUCUAUAAUAUACAACAUUCCUUGUGCCAACUUGUGGAAGUUCUCACAUUUAUCAUUUGUAAGUUUUUUUUAACUAUUCAACCAAUUCAACAAUGUACAGGACUGAAUAGAUUUAUUUCACAUUUUAAAAGUUUUAUCGGUAUUGUAUACAGUCACUGAUGAAGAAAGAUGUGUUAUUAAAAUGUAUGUGUGUGCACUCCAACAAAUGAAUUUAUACAUAAAGUAUCU